UUAGCUUUCUUAUAUCGGGUAUAAAAUUAUUUAUUGGAGAGAAGAUCCCACAUCGGAUAUAUGAAAGGGACCAUGAUAAGUUUCUUGGACUUCCAACUUAAAACCAAUUGGCAAUUAGUGGAUUGACCCAAGUCCCUUAUAUAUUACUCAAGUCCCUUUCAUAUAUCCGAUGUGGGAUCUUCUCUCCAAUAUUAUUAAAUCAAAGAAAACAUAUUACAGCGACGAAACUCGAAAUAAGUAGUAAUUCUCCUUUCAAACAUCUAAUUCUGAGAAUACGGACAGGUGUUUAUAAAUACUAAAUUGGAAUCUAAGUGAACCUUUGGGACGUAAGACGAGGCUUAACUCUCGUUUAAGCAUGCUCGCGGCGAAAGUGAAUAUUCCACAUUAUUAUUAUAAGACACAACUAGUAUAAUUGUAAUCAGUAUCACAUAAGACAAAUUUUGGGUCAUUAAUUAGCGUUAAGAACUAUACUAAUAUAGUAUAACUAUAUUAUAUGCGUUAAACGAAUCCCACUUAUGGCCUUUUAGAAUCUCCAUCGGCUCUUGCUAAAACUUUCGUAUCUCUAUAUAAACCAAUCCUUCUCCUUUUGUUCAAUAUAACACAAACCCACAAGCAAAAUAAUAAUAAUACAAAAUGGCUAAUGGUUUGGGUGAACCGGGAAGCUCAAUGCACGGAGUCACCGGACGAGAACAAAGCUAUGCAUUCUCGGUCCAGUCUCCUGUGGUUCCUUCGGACACAUCAGCAAUGUUUUCUCUUCCCGUGGAUACCGAACACAAAGCCAAAGUCUUCAAACUCCUCUCAUUUGCAGCUCCACACAUGAGAACUUUCCAUCUUGCAUGGAUCUCAUUCUUCACUUGCUUCAUUUCCACUUUUGCUGCUGCUCCUCUUGUCCCCAUUAUUCGAGAUAACCUUAAUCUCACCAGACAAGAUGUAGGAAACGCCGGUGUUGCCUCUGUCUCCGGAAGUAUCUUCUCUAGGCUUGUUAUGGGAGCCGUUUGCGAUCUCCUUGGGCCACGUUAUGGAUGCGCAUUCCUCGUCAUGCUCUCGGCUCCAACUGUCUUCUCAAUGUCUUUCGUUGCUGAUGCCGGCGGGUACAUAACGGUAAGAUUCAUGAUCGGGUUCUGCCUUGCCACCUUCGUGUCAUGCCAAUAUUGGAUGAGCACGAUGUUCAACGGUCAGAUCAUAGGUUUAGUGAACGGGACAGCGGCUGGGUGGGGAAAUAUGGGCGGUGGAGUCACGCAGCUGCUCAUGCCUCUGGUCUAUGAGAUCAUCCGACGGUUAGGGUCCACGUCCUUCACAGCGUGGAGGAUGGCUUUCUUCGUCCCCGGGUGGAUGCACAUCAUUAUGGGCAUCUUGGUCUUGACUCUAGGACAAGAUCUCCCUGAUGGUAAUAGAAGCACACUUGAGAAGAAAGGUGCUGUCACGAAAGACAAGUUCUCAAAGGUUUUAUGGUACGCGAUCACAAACUAUAGGACAUGGGUCUUCGUGCUACUAUAUGGAUAUUCUAUGGGAGUAGAGCUCACAACCGAUAACGUCAUCGCCGAGUACUUUUUUGACAGGUUCCAUCUCAAGCUUCACACGGCCGGUAUAAUCGCAGCAAGCUUUGGUAUGGCUAAUUUCUUUGCACGUCCUAUUGGUGGAUGGGCCUCAGACAUUUCGGCUAGAUACUUUGGCAUGAGAGGCCGUCUCUGGACCCUAUGGAUCAUUCAAACCUUAGGCGGUUGCUUCUGCGUAUUGCUAGGCCGAGCCACGACCCUCCCAACGGCGGUUUUCUCUAUGAUCCUCUUCUCUCUCGGCGCUCAAGCCGCUUGUGGAGCCACUUUCGCCAUCAUACCUUUCAUCUCACGCCGAUCCUUAGGCAUCAUCUCUGGGUUAACUGGAGCUGGAGGAAACUUCGGCUCUGGGUUGACCCAGCUUGUGUUCUUCUCGACCUCGACGUUCACCACUGAACAAGGGCUGACGUGGAUGGGGGUGAUGAUUAUGGCAUGCACAUUACCUGUCACUUUAGUGCAUUUCCCGCAAUGGGGGAGCAUGUUUUUGUCUUCCACGGGAGAUGAAGUGAAGUCGACGGAGGAAUAUUAUUACUUGAAAGAGUGGACGGAAACGGAGAAGCAAAAGGGAAUGCAUGAAGGAAGUUUAAAGUUCGCCGUCAAUAGUAGGUCGGAGCGUGGACGGUUCGUGGCUUCUGGACCUGAUCGUACCCCGGAACACGUUUGAGAGUUAUUUUGUAUUUUAAAUGUGUUAUCAAUUGCUAUUGCUCCGGAUGUGUAAGUACUUGCUCGAUAUGUUUACUUUUUAUAAGAGGAACAUGCUACUCUUUCUGUAAUUUCGUUAACAAGUUAAAUUGUUUUAAAUUUUAUUGUUUGUUUCAGUCGUAUCUCUUUAAUCAAUUUUUAUGCUCAUGUAGCCAAAAUACCCCAUAGCGUUAUUGGAUAUAGUAAUUUAAAGGAAUUGAAUCUGAGUAUUGGAAUGUGAGUUUGAGUGAGUUUUUAAUGGAUUUGUUGAAUUCAAUUCAAGGCAAGCAGAUUUCACUGUAAUUGAUUGUGAUGUUUAUUACUGAUGACAGUGUAAUUUAUUAUUUUUAAAACUACCGAAUUUCAAAAAAAAAAAAAAAAUUGGAGGACUUUUUAUAUUAAGAUUUUGGAAUAUGAAGUUAUGACACAUGAGAAAGUCUUUCGAAACCGUCAUCGACACGUUCUGAUUGGGUUAGCGUACACGACUUCCCGGCGCCAGAGUUAAUUAGGAACGGAGGUCACACGUGACGCUAACGAUUCCACUGCUGAGACGAGCGCCAAGGAGCUUUAAGUUGCUGAUGGCGAGCGUGGAGAAAUGGAACUCAUUUGUAGCUUCACCUAAGUGGCAGAAGAAGCAGAGCAAGACUGAAACUGAAAAUAGAAAUGGGAGAAAGGACAUAUUAGUAUUAAGGACAUAGAUGUAGAUAUGGAAGACUCUAAUGUAAAUAAUAUUAACCUAAAUUAGCAUCUUAUGCUAUCUAUAUAUUGUAACUAAGUGGUAACUCGCGCCCUACGCGGAGUGAAUGAACUAAAAGAGAUUAUAAUUUUUAAUCUAUAGAUAUUAAAAAGUUAAAAGCCAUGGUCACAAAUUUUACAUGUUAUAUAAUGAAAUAUUGAACGAAAUUGUACAUAUUUAUAUAAGGUAAGCUUGGAUUUUUCAAAAAGCUUGUGUUAUUGGUUAGGUGUAAUUGAAGUAUAGUUUGUGAAAGCAAAUCUACGAAAGUAAGCAAAAACUUAUAUAAAAUUAGUUAUGAAUUUAAGAUAAAACGAAACAUAGGCAAUAUAAUUACUGAUUUCAUAAUAUAAGUUAAGAUAAAAUGAAACAUAGGUUGUAGAAUAAUAUAAUAUGAAAGGAACAAAUUAUAGGCCACAAGAAUUGAGUCAAAUAUUAUAUCGUGAGACUAAUGGUAAAUAAUUCUCUACAAUUUUGUGUAUAAUUUUAAUUGGUCAUGAAAGUUGUGUAUAAAUUAGUAGUAACUUUCCUAUAUUAACCGAAAUCAUAUUGUGUUAUAUCGAUUGUGUAUAUCAGUUUCUUAUAUUUUAUAUGUUGCAUAAAUUACCGUCAAAUGUAAAAUUUGAAAAGGAAUCAUGUAAAUAUAUGAAACCAAUAUUAUUGGAUUUGAUAUUAAAAGAUGCCAUCAGAUCCCCCAUUUAUUUAAUUUCUAGGGUUGAUUCCCCAUUUAUUUAUUUGAAUCAUAUAAGUAUUGUCAUAUAUAAUAAGAAUAUAUAUAUAUAUAUAUAUAUGUUUAGACAAAUGAUAUAUGUUUAUACAAUGUUAUUGUCCUAAACAAAAACCAAUUAACAAAAAAAAAACAAUGUGUCUUUCUGCAAAGAUUAGUACAAAGAUGUUUGAUUACUUUUAUGUUUCAGAUAUAAAGAUGAGAAGAUGAGAAUAAAUCGAGGCUUUGAUAACAUUAUCUUCGUGUACACCCGAGAAAUGUAGCUACGUCUAGGAUAUUAAAGAAAUGUUAUAAUGUUCUUCCUAUAUGAAUAUGCAUACAAAGAAGAAGAAAACUGUAAACUCAUAUAUAUAUAAGAAGUAAAAACUCUUAGAUAUCAAACGUUUAAUGUGAAAAGCAUAUAGUGUAGUCACUAUCUAGUUUUAAUUUUAAUGUGCAAUGGAAUUAUAUGUAAUUUAUCUACUCAAAUGAGGUUCUUUAAUUUUUUUAAAAACAAAAGUGUUAAAAGAGCUUUCAUGAUGACACAUAAGUAAUGGCAAUUGUGUUAAUCACAUGAAGAUAAGGUUAAUAAAUAAAAGUACUCCUCAAAAAUAAAAAGAUGAUGUGUUUACCUCUAAUAAAAAUCACAUUCCCCAUUGUAUAAUUAGUUGGUAACAAAAGUUCCAAAUAUGAGCCAUAAAAGAAGAGUAACUGAGAGAGAAAAAAAUUAAAGUAUUUUUAAAAUCCUUCCAAUUGGUGAAAAGACAUACUUAUUUUACUUUUGGUUUAAAAAUAAAGUCCAUUAAAUUCCAAAAUAACUGAAUUCUAACAAAUCAGUUGGAUAUUGAAUAACAGUGGAUUUUAAUUCAUCACAAUACUAAAAGCCACAUAUACUGAAUUUCUAGGUUGCCACAUUAACAAAAAUAAUCAACCAAUCAUAACAUUUUAUUUUUGAGUCUGGGCUUAAGGUGUGUUUAAAGUAGAUUAGGUGUGUGGGCUUUGUUUGUUUAGGUUUGGACUUCAUUUUUUAUUGAACUAAACCUAGAAACUAAUCUACGACGCAGAGAUGCCGAGACUCUUCUCCUCUACCACUUCGUCUUCUCCCCAGUGAAACAAUUUCGACUGAGUUCUAAUCCAUCCAUCAAUACUCUACAAUCAAUUACAUCUCCUUCUUUUACUCCUUCUUCUUACUUACGUGGUCUGUCAAACUCAGAGCAGGAACCAUCAACACAGCCAAUAUCAAAGCUUGAGUUUGAUUUUGAGAGAAAGAAGUUGAACAAAGAUGAUGUCAGAGAAUUAAUCUACCGAGAGGUAACUCAAAAAAAAAAGAUUUUGACCCUGUCUUAUUGUCCUCUGGUUCUCUUCAUUGAUCUAACUAUCGCUUAUCUCUGGAAAAAAAACACUAGAUAUUCCUCAGAUGCUGGAGGAAUACAAGCACGAUGGUGAUCAGCUUAGCUUCAUGUACCCUAGGUUAGCUAAUUAAACAACUCAUGAACUAUUAUUCCCUGAAACAGAAUGAAACCGAGAAAUCUUCUGUUGUUUAUGCAGUGGGGUUGAUCGAUUCAAGAGGCAGUUUGCUCACCUUGAAGAGAAUCAAGGUAAACCAGGGGCAGGAGCAGGAGGAGGAGGAAGUACUGCAAUGCAUAGACACCAUGCUUCCUUGCCAAGGUAAUGUCUUUUCACAGAAUCUCUUGCUUUGCUCUCUCUUUCUCUGAAAGCAUUGGGCUUCUCUGUGAUUGUGUCUUGCAGAGAGAGAGUUCCUGCUCAGAGUGGUCAACAGCUGCUGUGGCUUCAACUUUGGAAUCUGAGGAACCAGACAAUGGAAGAGGUUACAGUGCUUGUAGCCUCAUGAAGAGUUCGAGCAUCAGCGGUUCUAAAUGCAUUGGUGUCCAAUCUAAAACCGACAAAGAGGACACCAUAGCUGAGGAAGGAGAUGGUGAAUCAGUGGCGGAGCUUACUGAAAGAGUAGCUUCUCUAUGUGAUUCUUAGAACGUUUUUUUUUUUUUGGCGUUUGGUGAAAGUUUUCUGGUGAAAACACCCACCGUGUUGCUGGUCAUGGCCGUUAACGCAAAGACUCUCAGAGGUACAGUUUUCUAUCUUUAAUAUAGGUUUAUUACAGUUAUAUGUAUCUGAUUUUGUGUUCUUUAAUGGCUUUUUCUUGAUACAAUAUGUACUCUGCUUUUAGGAUUACUCUUCUUAGUUAAUUAUUUAGAAAUCUAUGAUAAUUACGAUGAUAUAGUUUGAGGAACAUAUAUGACAGGUAAGGAUUACAUCCGCAUAGUGUAAAUUAAUAUUGUGAUCAACAAGUAAUCUUUUUCAUAUUUUUACGUGAUUGUCAAUGUAUGAAUUCGAAAGAUUGUCAUAUUUUUCAUAUGCAUGAUGAACAUAGAAAGAUACUUUCAUUGAGGCUUCCGUUUUUAAUAUUCAGAGUAUCUAAUUCAAUAAAUAGGAAAUAUUCCUCCUAAAGCGUUUAUGGUAAGAGUAUCUUUGAGGCUUCCGUUUUUCUUCUAGGAUUUACAUGUUCGUUAUUUUCUAAAGCGUUUAAAAAUAUUAACAACUCUAUAGCAGAGGCAUCUGUUCAUAGCUCAAAACAAGCAAAGUAUUUGCAUCUGCCAUAAUGGAGACGAAAAUCCAUUUGAUUUUUCCUAACUCUGUUCUGUAAAUGUGUAAAUGAUUGUUUACUUUCUUGAUCUUGCUUUGUUUUCUGUAAACUUCAUUGAUUAGAAUUUUCGCCUUAGAGUUACUUUCUGAAACGUGACCUCAGAUGAAUAGGUUCGUCUUAAUCUUUCUUUGAUGAUAAACACAGACUUGAGAAGAAAAUCUGAUUUUGGUUUGUCAUCUUUUUUUGAUGAUACACAGGGACCUGAGAAGGAUAUCAGAUUUUGGGAAAAAUUGACAGUGAGAUGAGACCAGGAUUAAGAUGGGAACAAAUACAAGACUAGAAUGGACCGGUGAAUUUUUGAAAUAUUUUAAAGUAAGCCCACACGUUAUAAAGAAGUGUUAGUAUUUUAGGUUUUUGUGAACCUUCGGGUUUAUACAAUAAAUACAAACACUUCGUCAUCAUUGUAAAAGUGUACACUUGAUGAUUAUAAUAUUUUUUCCCUUAAAAUUGUACACUUCUCUGAUGUCUUAAUAAGUGAUAUUGGUUAUGAACACUACAAGCAGCCUUCUCUUUUUUUUCGGUAAAAACAAGCAGUUUUCUCUUAUCAAGGAGAAAUCACCUAAUUAUUGAGUUAGUAAUGAAAAUGUAUGUUUUCUACGUGAUAUUCCGCUUUGUAUAGUAUCUAUGUUUUUCAAUCAAUUCCCAAUUGUCUUUUUAAACUACCGUAAGAAGAUUAGAUGAUCAAAAAUGUUGGGUUAUGUAUAUAUUGUGGCACACUAAUUUCCAUAACAAUUAAGAUUAGCGAUAAGUUUUUGGCAAUAAGUUUUUGCUGACCUUUGUAUCUGCAAUACUUCCAAAAAAUAUAGUAAAUUUACCAAACUAUAUCAGUGUAUGUAUCUUCCAAAUCAAAACAAAAAUUGCAUUGAUUAAAUAUUAUUCAAAACAUUUAAAA